AUGGUUUUAUUGACAACCAUUGCUUCAAGAGAAAUUAAGAAAAAAUAUAAACAAUUAUCAAAAAGAUAUCAUCCCGAUAAAAAUCCUGGUGAUAAAGAAGCUGAACAAAAAUUUGUUCAAUUAGCAGAAGCAUACGAAGUUUUAUCAGACGAUGAAAAACGAGAUAUUUAUGACAAGUAUGGAGAAGAGGGACUAAAGCAGCGAAGCCAAGGUGGAAGUGGUUUUCAUAACCCAUUUGAUAUAUUUGCCUCAUUCUUCGGAACUGGUCAUUUCGGUCAUCAUCAACAAUCGGAAAGGCAAGGACCAAGCAUUACUAUGGAAAUAGAAGUAGAGUUAAAAGAAUUAUAUUUAGGAGCUCAAGUUGAGGUUGAUGUUUCAAAACAAAUUAUUUGUGAACAAUGUGGAGGAUCAGGUGCAAAGAAUUCAGAUGAUGUCACCACAUGUAAUGUUUGUGGUGGACGUGGAGUUAAAGUAGUUAAACAACAGCUCGGUCCUGGAAUUUUUCAACAAUUUCAUUCCACAUGUGAAACGUGUGGCGGAAAAGGUAAAAUUGUAAAAUCAAAAUGUCCAGUGUGUCAAGGAAAGAAAGUUCGACGUGGAAAUGAACAAUUAACAAUAAUAAUUGAUAAAGGGCAAGUUGAUGGUGGAACGAUUGUUUUUGAGAAAGAAGGGGAUGAAUCACCAGAUACAAUUCCCGGCGAUAUAAUAUUUAAAGUAAAGACAAUACCGAAUCCGAAAUUCGAAAGAAAAGGAGACGAUUUAUAUGCAAAACAAACAAUAUCACUGAUAGAUGCACUUACUGGAUUUGAAAAGAAUAUGACACACCUUGAUGGUAGAAAUGUUUUACUGAAAAGGGAUAAAGUCACGCAACCGGAAUUCGUUCAAAUUAUUAAUAAUGAAGGGAUGCCACAACUUAGAUCAAAAAGUAAAGGCGAUUUAUAUGUACAAUACACGGUAGUAUUCCCUACUGUAAUAGAUGAUCAUACCAAACAAGUGUUAAAAGACCUUUUCGAAAAACCUGACACGCGUAAUAUACAUGAAAAAGAUGAAUUAUAA